GGUUGUUCCCGAGGUGGGAGGUGGUACCGUUGGCUGAGGAGAAGGAGGCCUGAGAGCGAUAUGUCCCCGGCGGCUGAGGCAGAGCGGCCCGUGGCGCUGUUUUUCUGAGUUCGGGGUGGCCUGGCGGCCGGCCGAGGACGAGGGUCGGCGGAGGCUUUCCCCGCGGUGGUGCACGCCAUGCUGGAGGCCUGGGCGGUUGAGGGAGCCGCCGUGGCGCUCCUGCGACUGCUGCUGCUGCUGCUGCUGCCGGCGCUCCGGGGGCCGGGGCUCGGCGUGGCCGGCGCGGCGGCGGCCGGGCUGCCGGAGAGCGUCAUUUGGGCCGUCAACGCGGGUGGCGAAGCACAUGUAGAUGUGCACGGGAUCCACUUCCGCAAGGACCCUUUGGAAGGCCGGGUGGGCCGAGCCUCAGACUAUGGCAUGAAACUGCCAAUCCUGCGCUCCAACCCGGAGGACCAGAUCCUGUAUCAAACCGAGAGGUACAAUGAGGAGACCUUUGGCUAUGAAGUGCCCAUCAAGGAGGAGGGGGACUACGUGCUGGUGUUGAAAUUUGCUGAGGUCUACUUUGCACAGUCCCAGCAGAAGGUGUUUGAUGUGCGAUUGAAUGGCCAUGUUGUGGUGAAGGACUUGGACAUCUUUGACCGCGUUGGGCACAGCACAGCUCAUGAUGAGAUCAUCCCUAUGAGCAUCAGAAAGGGGAAGUUGAGCGUCCAGGGGGAGGUGUCCACCUUCACAGGGAAACUCUACAUUGAGUUUGUCAAGGGGUACUAUGACAAUCCCAAAGUCUGUGCACUCUACAUCAUGGCUGGGACAGUGGAUGAUGUACCAAAGCUGCAGCCUCAUCCAGGAUUGGAAAAGAAAGAAGAGGAAGAAGAAGAAGAAGAGUAUGAUGAAGGGUCUAAUCUCAAAAGACAGACCAAUAAGAACCGGGUGCAGUCGGGCCCCCGCACACCCAACCCCUAUGCCUCGGACAACAGCAGCCUCAUGUUUCCCAUCCUGGUGGCCUUUGGAGUCUUCAUUCCAACCCUCUUCUGCCUCUGCCGGUUGUGAGAACAAAUUGCCAUCCUGAACAGGGCAGGGGGUGUGGGAAAGAAACCAAACAUGCUGAUUUUGGUUUCCGUGUUUUUCACGAGGAUUAACAAAACACAAACAAAAACACACACACAAAAAAAAAUUAAAGGAGAUAAAAAGAGGCCGAGUGAGUAGAGAGCAGCCCUUCUGCACCACCUGGUCCCAGACCGGCUUCAGUCCUAGUCCUCUCUUUGUGGCUGGCCCUCAGCCGUCUCUUUCCUCUCUAGGGUACUUAGGGUAAAACUGGAUCCUUCCUGUUCAAGGAUCCAAGUCUGUAUACCUAGUGGAAAGGACUCUGAAGUAAGAGCAGACACAGUUCCCUUUUAUAUGUUAGAAAUUAACAGCAGGGAAAUGGCAUCUUAUUACCUGAGAAGACCAGUGCUGGGAGUUGGGUACGUUCUGAAGUUAUGUCCAAAUAAGUUUCCAGAUGACCUAGGAUUGAGAGCGCAUGUAUGUGAAGGUGUAUAAUUUGUAAGGUAAAGACAAAAAGAAGAAGGGGGAUAAAAAAAAGAGAAGUUGAUGCUUUCUUACUUGGAAGCCUUUCUAAUUUUCAUCCAAUGAUGGUUCCACCUUAAGUGUUUGAGCUUUGUCAUCGCUUGUCUCCCGGAUGGGUGCCAAUUAGAGGACUGUCUGGUAUCCAAGACGAUUAGUUAUGUCAGGUCCUCAGGUUGCCUCUGACUUGUUACCACAACAGAUCAUUUUGAUUUCAGUGCCUGUUGGGGACCUGAUUUCCUCUCAUUUUUUCCUUAAUCUGGCUCAUUUGCAGUCUCUUCUCCCUCUCAACCAGCCCACUAAGUUAUUGCCAAGAAAGAAGGAGACAUGAGGACUUGGGGUUCCUUCUGGCUUGAAUGUCUUAUCCUUUACCACCUCACCUUGUUGGUACCUCCCUCCCUGGAUCUCUGAGCCAGCAGCCAGGAGGACCUGACCCAGCAGUUCUUUUACUGGCCCCUUUGUAGGGUCUUACUGCCAGGGGCAGGGAUGCUUUCCAGCCUGCAGCACCAGAACACUUGACCUUAAAAGUCUCUUCUGGUCUUUGGAUUAGAAAAGGCUUAUGUUAGCAUAACUUAAGAGCAACCUCAGAGACUUGAGCCCUACUAAGUGACUGAACACUGUUUAGAGUGUCUAGUAUCUGACGUUCAUUUAUUCCCACGUCCUUCUAUGUCACAGACACAUUUUCUGUCACAAUUCAACCAGUUUUGAUUUAUGCCUAGAGCUGCCCCAAGGAACUAGACUGACUGGCUACAUCCUUUAACCUAAUCAAGGCCCAGCGAAGCUUCUCACUGAUUUUAAUAAUAUGUUUCUCUGUCCUUUCAUUUCC